UUAUUCAGAGCAGAAGCGGCAAUCAAGUCUACGCACUUCAGGAGAAAUCAAACAAUCAGCUGAUUCAAUUUAGAUCGGAAAUCGGUAAAACGGAUUUCAGGAAAAUCGAUUUCUUUCCCGGAGCUGUAUGCACGCGUCAAGUAUCAACAAGGGCCGGCUGAAGGCCCUGUUUUUCCAACUGGGACGACUAACUACAGAAGCAGCUGGCGGGGCUUGCUUUUCUGACCAAACAAAAAGAUGGAAAUUGUACUUCUCCAAAUGUUAAAGAGGGAACUAAGCAACCAAUGAGAGGUGGACAACCCAGAGGAAUGCAUUAAGGAUUAAGAAACCCAAUGUAGUAUUUGACAACUCUGAAGUUUGAAAGCUUUUGGUUCUCUUCUCAAGACAGAAAACACCACAAAGGAUACUCAGCCAGCAAUAUACCCCAAGAGCUAAGGCGAAACAAAGUUAGAAGUAUUCUUCAGAUUCAGCAAAGGGGAGAUCGGAAGAAGUGAGACAUUACUAACACCGCAAGCGGAGGUUAACUUUCAACUCCACUACAAGUCUGCAACACUAGGCGCAUAUUUCAUGGCCAAAAGGAAGGAUAAAGCUGUAAAGGAAAAGAGAGCCCUGCUUCUAAAGUGCAAUACCAAUACCUACCACGUAGAAUCAUCAAACAGCAUGCGAAAUCAUCUUUCGAGAAGCAAGAAGGAUACAACAGUCCAGGAGAAAGAUGCAAGAAAAGGUGGGAGGAUAGCUAUCACUGGCUUGACGCUGCAAGACCCUUCAAUUGAGUGCAGAGGCAGAGACCACACAGGUGUCUCCGGCGGAAAAAUGAGAAGUGGUUGCGCAACAAAUAAUCAGCAGGGAGAAUCUCGGGUUGUCAGUCGCUUCUUCAAAUUCAUAGCACCUGACUUUGAAGCAGAACUGAGGCUUCCUCCACGUUUCUGUAGGAAGCUGUCUGAAAAGAUUCCAGAGCAGGCGUUUCUAGGAAGCCGCAAAGGGUUUUGGGAAGUUACGAUAGGCAAACGCAGCGACGGGCUACUAACCCUCGGUGGAAAGGGUUGGAAGAGUUUCAUCCAUGAUCAUGAACUAAAAUUUGGAGAUUUUAUGGUUUUUGAACAUACUGGUGGGAUGGUGUUCAAAACAUACGUAUUUGACCCUAGUGCUUGUGAGAAGGACUACUCUUCUGCGGGUUCUGAGAACUUGACAACAAACAAAGUACCUUGUGCUCAACCUCGUACCCUUCCAAAUGUAGCAGGCAUCAAGGAUGCAGAGGAGGAAGCGGAGGAAGCAGUAGGGUCUUAUUACCCUGACAAUCCCCACUUCCGUAUAACAAUAAAUCGACGUAAUCUCCGCUGCAACAUCUUGACCAUCCCUUCAGAAUUUGUGAACUCCAAGUAUCUGAAUCAGAAAACUAGCGUGACCCUCAGGAAUGCUUCGGGAGGUGAAUGGCAAGUGAAACUUACAGCUUAUAGAACUGGCUAUAAAGCUGCUUAUACACAAGUUGUCAUGGCAAAAGGCUGGGGCGACUUUCAUAUGUCGAAUCAGCUCAAGAUAGACGAUGUUUGUUUAUUUGAACUUGAUCGUUCCACUACUCUUGGAAGUCCCAGUAAUGCCGUCAUGAAUGUUCGAGUCCUGUCAAACAAUAUUCCAUCCACUUCCUGACUUUUUGGACGUGGCAUUCCCUCAAUUCUGUAAUCAAACAUUGGAAUGUAUAUUUAGACAUUCGCGUCGGUACUGGAAUUCUACUAGACACAAAA